AUGGUCUCACUUGCAUCCUGCGGUCUUUACUCUCUUGAAUAAUAACAAAGAAUUGUCUUCUUUCCUUCGUCGGAGAGAAAGUAAUAAAAAAUCUUACAAGGAAUCAAACCCUAAUAACAACAUCACGCGUUCAUCUCUCUUUCUCUCUCACGUCAAUCCAUUUCAUAUUCCUUUUCCUUUAUAUAUACCAACAGAAACCACAUGCGAUUCCGUUCGGAUCCAUUAUUCAAUGUUUAACACCGGCGGCAACAACAACCCAAAUGGAAGCCCUCUUUCUGGCGGCUUUGGGGGAGGUUUCUGGUGGGCUGUUGCUGCUCCACAGUCCAGAACUGCAGUUGCCGUCACGGCCUUGGCCGGAAUUGCCGUGUUCGCCGCUAUAUUCUACACGACCAGCAGAGGCCAUCUUAAAUCACCGUGGUCCGGUAGGAAAAGAAAACAUACACUUUCUUCUGAGCAAUGGAAAAGUAUGUUUACACCAGAUGGGAAACUCAUUGAUGGUGGAGCAAGUUUUUUGAAAAAAGUUCGGAGCGGAGGUGUAGAUCCAAGUAUUAGAGCAGAAGUUUGGCCUUUCCUCCUUGGAGUCUAUGACUUGAACAGCUCCAAAGAAGAAAGAGAUAAUAUAAGAAGCCAGAAAAGGAAGGAAUAUGAGAAGCUCCGCAGACAGUGUUCACAGCUACUCAAAUCUAGCAAUGAGAGCCUUAAGUUGAAUGACAGUGGUGAAAAAAGCAACGGGGACAGCAAAAGUCUUGUUCAAGAAACAUGUGCUUCUGGCUAUGAUGAUGUUAGUGCCAAGGAAUCUCUUUCCAGUGAGAAUAAGAGUGAAGAUGUUGAGCAUUCUCAUAAUCCCUCAAGUACACUGUUGGAAGGUGAUGAUAAUUCAGGGCAACAAGUGACAAGCUCUGGUGCCUCUGCACCAAAUACUCAGUCAUCUGAUUCAGACUCUGAAGUCAUCAAUUCAGCAUCCUCUUCAGAAGGCAGGGAAGAAAAUGACCCUGGUGUGCCUUCCAAAGAGGAUAUUUCUCGCUCAACCAAUCUCCAAUCAAACCGACAUGCCACUGAAAAUUUCAUCACGUGGCAGCGGAUUAUUCGUGUUGAUGCAGUGCGUGCUAAUUCAGAAUGGAUACCUUACUCUCCUUCUCAGGCUUCAGUAUCAAAGGAUGGAGCAUACCGUUCUGCAGAAACUGUCGGAUUAAAGGACUAUGAUCACCUAGAACCCUGCAGGAUUUUCCAUGCUGCCCGCUUAGUUGCUAUUCUUGAAGCCUAUGCACUCUAUGACCCUGAAAUUGGCUACUGCCAGGGCAUGAGUGAUUUACUUUCUCCAAUUAUUGCUGUCAUGACAGAGGAUCAUGAGGCUUUCUGGUGCUUUGUGGGUUUCAUGAAGAAAGCUCGCCAUAAUUUUAGGCUAGAUGAGGUGGGAAUCCGAAGGCAAUUGAAUAUUGUGUCCAAGAUUAUCAAAUGCAAAGACUCACGCCUCUACAGCCACUUAGAGAAACUCCAGGCUGAGGAUUGCUUUUUCGUUUAUAGGAUGGUGGUGGUGCUGUUUAGGAGGGAGUUGACUUUUGAACAGACAAUUUGUCUCUGGGAGGUGAUGUGGGCUGAUCAGGCAGCCAUAAGAGCUAGAAUUGGCAAGUCUGCAUGGAGCAGAAUUAGAGAGCUUGCACCACCAACAGAUGAUUUGUUGCUUUAUGCUAUUGCAGCUUCAGUAUUGCAGAGGAGGAAACUGAUUAUACAAAAGUAUUACAGCAUGGAUGAGAUUUUAAGAGAGUGCAAUAGUAUGGCCGGGCAACUCGAUGUAUGGAAGCUCUUAGAUGAUGCACAUGACUUGGUGGUCAACCUGCAUGGAAAGAUAGAGUCUUCUUUUUGAUGGCAGCUUUUCGAGCAUGUCUACCUAUUUAUGUGCUAAAUCCUUUUUGUUCCAAGGAGAAUUUAAGUCUCCUCAUGCCUUGCUUGAAACAAGCACUCAAAGAGGCUAUUCAUUGUCAGUUAAGCUGCAUGGUGCUUAAGGUGCUAAAAUCAUAUGCUUAACUGAUUGCCCAUUUCUGAAACAACUUCACUACCAUAGCAAUGUUAAACAGUAGGAAGAAAUGAGGAACGCCAUACUGCAACAAUUUGCUCCUUGAAUUCUUCUUCCCAACCAUGAAGGUCAUUAGUAAUAAUUUGUGUAAAUUAGCACUGGUGGAGAUUAUUCAACCGUAGCAGGAUUACGCUGACAUUUAGUUCCUUGAUCGCUGAAAUAAAUGUGAUGUAUAAUUAGUUCUAAAUUAUUUUGCAGCAAUGCUAUGUUUUCUUGAAUUUCCAGUAAAUGUAUCAUGCUCUGGAACUGCGGGCAGGCAGGCUUAUUGCAGCCCAUUUUCAGUCAACAGAACAUAAUAACAUCUUACUAAGAGGACUCUUUUAUAAGCAUCAGUUGAACA